AUGAGUCCAACAGUCGAUGGAACUGUUCCUACUCCUACUUCCGUAGCAUUUGAUGUUGAAGGUGUAUGUCCAUUAAAGGCUGUACAAGUGGAUUCUUUAGUCAUUUUAAAGAUCAUAAAACAUAGCAGAGAAUCACCAUCCUUUCAGCCAGCAACAGGACAACUUUUAGGACUUGAUAUGAAUGGUGUUCUGCAGAUCACCAAUUCGUUCCCUUUAUCGCACGCAAAUGAAGGAGAAAAUGUGUCAUCUUUAGCGCAGAACAGAGUUAUCUAUAUGAAACAGAUGAUGCGAUGUUUAAAAGAAAUUGGAGUCGAUAAUAAUGUAGUUGGAUGGUACCAAAGUGUCCAUUCUGGAGGAUUUAUUAAUACAACACUUAUUGAGAACCAGUUUUCAUAUCAUCAAGCACUUAAUGAUAGAACGGUUGUAUUGAUUCAUGAUGCGUCUCAGUCUACAUAUGAAACAUUAUCAUUGAAGGCAUUUCGUUUAACACCGUCUUUUGUUGCAGCUAGAAAAGAAGGAAAAUUUAAUAUUGAAAGUGUUGUUAAAUAUGGAUUGUCGUAUGCCAAUAUUCUUGAGGAACUUCCAUUACAAAUUCAUAAUUCUCAUCUUGCUAUUUCGCUUCUUCAUUAUUUAGACAACAAGCAUAGAUUAGAUCCGACAGAACCUGCAUUGUCACUUAAUCUACUUACACCUAAUUUUGAUAAUCUUGAGCCUAUAGUUGAUUCUUAUUAUGAAAAGAUUUUAGAGAAUCUUUUAGAAACAAUUGAUGAUUAUCAAUAUGAGCAAAGUAAUUUUCAAUAUUAUCAAAGAACUUUAGCAAGAGAGCAAUUAAAGAUUCAACAAUGGCUUCAAAAAAGACGUUCUGAAAAUAUUUCAAGAAGUAUUAGUGAUCAACCAUUACUACCUGAAGAUGAAUGGCAACGUCUUUUUAAAUUACCUAGUGAACCAUCUCGAUUAGAAAGUCUUUUAUUGGCCUCACAAAUUGGUAUGAAAAAAAAUGAAACAAAAUAUUCAUUUUUUCAUAAUUUUAAUGAGUAUAAUCUAAUGGUUUAA